UUUUUUUUGCUAUUUCAUGAUUUUAUUUUAUGAAAGGCAUUUCCAAUUUUCGGUUUGAUUUCAUCAAACUAUAUAAUGUAAUUCUAAUCUAGAAAAUCGUUGGUUCUCUUUUGAGGCAGACUGAGAUUGGAAAUGCCUUGGCCAUUAGGGCACGUUGCUAAUGCACACGGUUCUUUUUCAGAUUGGGGCCACCCCCUUUCUCUUUCCCUUUCACUUUGCCUAGCCUUGGCCAAUAUUUUCACCCAUGCAUGUAGCUUGGCAGCGCCAUCGCCUUUAACUUCGCCUACAACUGGUUGUGAAGCCACUAUAGUGAGGUCACCCCUCACAACUGGGACCUCCACUUCAACCAUCCUGGCUUCAGUCGAGUCAAAAUGGACCAGCAAAAGAUAAGUCGAUAGCGUUAUAGCAGCGCCAAAGAUGUAAAACUUAUUUUGUUAUUUUUGUAAAAUUCUAAUGUAAUGAAAAUGCCUUUUUUUUUGUUAAAUAAAAUCUGUUAAAUUUUUGUGUUCUGUUUGUUCUUCUAUCCUCUAGCCAUGCCAUGGUC